GGACAUCGAACUCCUGCUUUCACGACGAUCCGUUUGGUGGCCUUGUCUGGCUCUGUCGGCCGUCGGCGAAUCCGCACAUUCGACCUCGUCAACAUUGUGGUCGACAUUGUGCUACAAUUAUAACUCUAUAGCGAGGUCAAUGCCAGCGACGGCGACGAGAAUGAUAGAACAGGCAAUGGCGAUUAUGGAUGACAACGCGACGACCACAAUCUCGUAGUCACAGGUGUAAAUACGAGAUUUCUUCUCUCUCCCCUCCAGCUCGUCCUUUCCUGUCGUCCAGCCGGUGCGCGUCCAACGUCCAACCGCCGACGUCCGUUCACCGUAAGCCGCCGUGCGAGACAUGUCACAUCCUCCAAGCCACGAUAACGAUGGCAUCGCCCGACAAGCCGCUGGACGGGAUUGAAUCACGUUUCGCACGUGCCGCUGACGAGACCGAAUGGAUCCCGUUGUCGCUAACGUUGGUGGAGUAUCCGCAAGGGGAUAUCUUUGGACAGCUUUUGGCUGUAAUAAGUCUAAUGCCCUUUGCCAUUAUAACUGGUUUUAUCACAUUGAUACUUUUUAGGAGGGAUUUACAUACUAUUGUAUUUUUUACCGGAGUCAGUAUCAAUGAAUGUAUAAAUUAUGUAUUAAAACACAUGAUUCGUCAAGCAAGGCCGAUGAAGAGAGAUGGCCUGUACGCCGAAUACGGCAUGCCGUCUACACAUGCACAAUUUAUGUGGUUUUUCGCUGCAUACGCAACACUUUUUAUAUACUUUAGGUUAAAUUACAACUGUACGGUAACUGAGAGAUUUUGGCGGACAAUAGUAGCGAUAGGAUGCAUUGUCACAGCUUUAUUGGUAACUUACAGCAGAGUGUAUCUGCUGUACCACUCCAACACCCAAGUAAUUUGGGGUGCGUUAAUUGGGAUUACACUGGGAUCAGCGUGGUUCAUAAUCGUGCACAUGAUCCUGACACCGUUUUUUCCUAUAGUAGUUUCGUGGCGAAUAUCAGAGUUUUUGUUGCUGCGUGAUACGACGCUGAUCCCUAAUGUCUUGUGGUUCGAGUAUACAAAUAUUCGUACGGAGGCUCGGGCACGAGCGCGAAAGCUAUCGGCAAUUGGAAGGUCGCAUUGACAACCAAUUAUAGUAUCGGCCAGUAAGCCGAUAGCGUAUAAUAAUGCCUUGAUAACGAACGACUCAAAACAUUAAACUAACAUUCCUACAAUUGAUUGCGUUGAAGGAUUAGCGCAAAAACACAAUUGUUUGAAAUAUUCAAUCCUCUUAUCAGAGACAAUUUAAGUUUUACGAAUUCCAAUAUAAACCGAUUAUGAAAUGAUCGUCAUUGCAAUGUGAUGCAUCAUCAUUCAAUAUUGUCGUUAUUAUGAUAAUUAUUGUCUAUUAUUAAUACUAAUACGAUAAUAUUAAGCUGUUUUUAACGAGAAAUAAUUGGAGAAACGGCGCCAUUGAAGCUGUGGCACAAGUGCGUAUCGAUUUGCGACUGCUGGAAGGAUAUUGCUGGGACGACAAAAUAAUGGAUAUGAUCGUCACGCGUGUUGUAACAGAUUGCUGGCAUGGCCGAGAUUAUUAAAUUAAAGUCAUCAAAUGCGUUUGCACGUUCAAGCACGAUUGUAUUUCUAGCGAGUUACAUUCUUUUUAAGGUCUCGCAAAUUGUUCUAUAGGGUACCGUUUUGUACCAACUCCCAAGAGGCAUGUAUCGCCUGUGUGCUAGAUCCUCUCUCCAUGUGUUCCUAAUAAUUAAGUAAAGAAUGAAAUAAUGUGUGGGAUGUACGCAAUGUUUAGUUAAAUAAAACUGGAGAUUCGGAACAGUUAGUCAAGAGGAAGCAGCUACGAGAAGAACUGAUUCUCUCCAUAAAUCUAUUUCUGAAUGAGCAUGCAAGUGCUCCAUCAGUGUACCGUUAUGUGAUGUUUCGCAGCGAUUUAUUCCAGCGUAUUUACGAAAAUUGGGAUAUUCAUUCGAUACAUAUUCAUGACUCGUAUAUUGUACAAGAUAUACAUUU